AUGCAGCUGCCCCAGAGCUCCUUGGUGGAGGUGGUGUGGAUGGAGCCAUCCAUGCGGCAGCUGGACCUGAACUUCUGGAGGCAUGCAGGCGUCUGCCGAUCGUGCAGGGGAGAUCUGUGCGGUGUCCAACUGGUGAAGCACAUAUCACACCGGGUUUCAAACUUCCUGCUAAAAAUGUCAUACACACGGUGGGGCCCAUAUACAGCAGGCACACGACGGAAGAAGCAGCAAGACUCCUUACCAAUGCUCACAGGAACUCCUUGAGGCUAGCUCAGGAGCAUGACAUCAAGACAAUUGCCUUUCCAGCCAUCAGCUGCGGUGUCUAUGGCUACCCUUUGGAGGCAGCUGCCAAGGUGGCUCUGGAAGCUUGCAAGGAGGCAGCAGGAUCUGUGCAAGAGGUGCAUUUUGUCUUGUUCAGCAGCGGGACAUACAAUGUCUGGAAGGAGGCAGCGGCAAGGUCGUUCACAUCAGCCUCUGCAUGAAGUUGCCGAAAGCAUGGCUGUCAUUGCCCAAGCAACCGUGGCACUGUGUCAGAUCGCCGGGGAAACCUCCUUUGCAUGAAAUGUCUUGUGUCAAAUUGGGCAUCUGGUGGGUCAUAAAGUGAGAGCUGUAAGUGAGAGCUCCAGUCCUGGAGGUCACCUCAGGACGGUCCAGCGCCAGAAAAUGUACAAUUGUUGCAAUCAAGCGCUGAAUUUUGUAACAACAGACGGCUGGAAAGAUGUAAUCACCGUUAAGGGCU